AUGUCCACGAACAAGAUCACCGCCGCCGGCGCGGUUAAACCGAAGACGCAGAUGGGUCUCGGCGCAUUUUUACAACGAGGUGUAAACAUGGGCGCAAAUAAAACGCUCGACGCCGAGGUCUCUCGCGUCGCCAAGACGACGAACGCGACGGACGAAGACGUGUCGAAGACCGCGUCGAAGACGACCGCCAAGGCGAAGACGACGAAGACGAAGAGCGGGCGCGAGACGCGAAAGCCGGAGACUUUGGACGCGUCUCCGGCGAAGCGGGCGAAGAAACAAACCGGGCCCGGACCGGAUCGCUCGCACGAGAAGAAACACUGGGACGCCGGGAGACACCGCGUCGUUGGGGUCGAUGAGGCUGGAAGAGGGCCGCUGGCGGGACCGGUGGUGGCCGCCGCGUGCUUCGUUCCGAAGGAUUGCGUCGUCGACUGCGUGAACGACUCGAAACAGCUCACCGAGGAGGGCCGAGAGGAGAUCUUCGAGGAACUGAUGGCAAACAAAGAGAUCGAGUACGGGGUGUGUGUGAUCGAUCAGGAUCGCAUCGAUGAGAUAAACAUCUUGGAGUGCACGAUGGAGGCGAUGACGCGAAGCGCGCUGGACGUGCCGAACGUCGAUUGGGUACUCAUAGACGGUAAUCGAGUCCCAAAACCGCUCGAGGGUAAGGCGGAGGCGAUCGUCAAAGGUGACGCGAAGAAUGUCGCGAUCGCGGCCGCGUCUAUCAUUGCCAAGGUGACCCGGGACAGGAUGAUGGUUGAGAUUGAUAAAGAGUUUCCGAUGUACGGCUUCAAGGACCACAAAGGAUACGGAACCAAGGCUCACAUGGCGGCGAUCGACAAGUACGGCCCGUGCGUGUACCACAGGAAGACGUUCGCUCCGAUAAAGCACAUGGAUCUCUCGAAGUGGCCCGAAUGCCGAAAGAAGAAGGAGUAG